AGCUGCUGUCUGUCUUCUCCUGCACUAAUCUGACAGAGAUGAUGAGCAUAGACAGUACAGUCUAUGAUGAUGAGCAGCUCCACCGGCGGACGGAUAAAGAGUUAACGUGUCCAGGCUCCGCGGCCUCUGAUUGGCCGGCAGCAGCAGCGCUGGGACGAACAACAAGUCUCCGCUGAGUGCGCACUGGAAAAGUCACUUGGUGGUCGAGGCGGACUACGCGGACCGGACCGCACGGAGUUUUUAUUGAGAAUUAGCAAAUUGGGACUUGUGUUGUAAUUUAUGGAGUUUGUAAUUUGCAAAAGUGCAGCCGUGAAUCCGUUAUUUUAUCCCAGAGGCAGACGGUGCUGCUAGAGGUCGCUGGAAAGUCGGCCGCUGUCACUUUUGAUUCAUGGACUCAACACGGACUUUAGCUAGAAGUGUUUCUGUCAAGAGGCUGACACAAGGUUGACUCAGUUCACUCAAUAUCAAGAUUUAGGGAAUAUGAAUUUGUCCCUGGACAGUAUGGGCAUCCUGAAGAUUGUGCUGUUCAUCUUCGAGGCUGUUUUACUGACCGACUGCAUAAGAGGACCUCCACGGGUGUCUGAGAAAGUUGCUCACAGACAGACAGCCCGGUUGGGCAGCGCCAUCAAGCUGCCGUGUCCCGUGGAAGGAGACCCUCCGCCGCUCAUAAUGUGGACCAAGGAUGGACGCAACAUCCACAGCGGCUGGAUUCGCUUCCGUAUCCUCCGGAUGGGCCUGAAGAUCAAAGAGGUGGAGGCGGACGAUACAGGGACCUACAUCUGUAAAGCGACUAACGGCUUUGGUAGUGUAAACAUCAACUACACCCUCAUCGUCAUCGAUGACUCAGGUUCUGAUAAAACUGGACCCAGACCAGCUGAUGGAGCAGAGUCUGAGACGGGCAGUGAAAAGCUCGUGUGUCCCCGCUUCACCCAACCUGCUAAGAUGAGGAAAAGAGUGAUCGCUCGUCCAGUGGGCAGCUCAGUGCGGCUCAAAUGCACGGCCAGUGGAAACCCUCGGCCGGACAUCGUGUGGCUGAAGGACGACAGGCUGCUGACGGAGCAGGAGGUCGGUGAAGGCCGCGAGAAGAAGUGGACGCUCAGUCUGAGGAACCUGACGCCAGAACACAGCGGCAGAUACACCUGCAGGGUCUCCAAUCGAGCAGGGAAAAUAAACGCCACGUACAAAGUUGAGGUCAUACAGAGGACGAACUCCAAACCUAUUCUGACGGGCACUCACCCGGUCAACACGACGGUGGACUACGGAGGCACCACGUCCUUCCAAUGCAAAGUGAGGAGCGACGUCAAGCCGGUCAUUCAGUGGCUCAAACGUGUGGAGACCAACGAGGAGAGCCGCUACAACUCCACCAUCGAGGUGGGGGACCACAGAUUUGUGGUGCUGCCCACGGGGGAGGUGUGGUCGAGGCCCGACGGCUCCUUCCUCAACAAGCUGCUCAUUACCCGCGCCAAGGAGGAGGACGCUGGCAUGUACAUCUGCUUAGGCGCCAACACCAUGGGCUACAGCUUCCGCAGUGCCUUCCUCACUGUGCUGCCAGACACAAAGCCUCCCAUCACUCCCAUGUUCUCGCCAGCCUCCAGCUCCCUCCCCUGGCCCGUCAUCAUCGGCAUCCCCGCUGGAAUAGUCUUCAUCUUCGGCACGGUGCUACUGUGGUUUUGCCAGAGCAGAAAACACUGUCCUCCUCCCAGCGCUCCGGCCGCACAGGUGCUGCAGAGCUCCCAUCGGCUGCCGUAUCGAGAGCGGGACAGGGGCUGCGUGGCUCCGUCGUCCGGCUCCUCAAACCCAGACAAAGACUGCUUGAGCUCCGUGAACUAUGAGGAGUACCUAGCCCAGCAGCAGCUCCUCCUCAGCCAGGGAGGUCCCACAAUCCCCCCUAAAAUCUACCCCAAAAUCUACACUGACAUUCACACGCACACUCACUCCCACGUGGACGGGAAAGUACACCAGCAUCAACACAUUCAUUUUCAGUGUUAGCCUCAGUGCCAAGUGUUCCCCACUAACUUCUCCAGUAUCUCAGACAGACACUGAGCCGUGGACUUGAACGGCAGCUGCUGAGUGACAUUCAGACUCUUCUCACAGCUGGACGUUGUCGGGAAAAUUGUGCAUGUGUGAAAAAACAAAAAACAAUGGCCAGUGAUACACAGUUUGUGUUAAAACCUUCCAUAUUUGGUGCUUCUCUUUUUUUAAUGUCAGAUUCUCACACCACUAAACUCCAUUAAUCCUUGUUGUGCACUUAAUACAAAAAAGGACAAGGACAUUUGUACAGAGUGUGAGUUUAAUUGCAGCUAUUCAGGCCGGCUGAAAGGUCCUUCCUCAGCAGGUGAAUUUUUUGCAUUUUCCAAAGUGGAAGUUUUACCUUUCACAGCUGUCAGAGUGCUGUGGACAUUCUGCCUGGUAAUGAAGGUGAAAAUGGUACUCAAGAUAUACCAAAGGGCUGUUUUUCUGCUCCUACUCAGGUCGUCCUUUUGUUUGUUGAAGCUGCAUUAUGCUGGGAAUGCUGACCACUAUCCCUGAUGUUCCCUCCCUUCUGUUAAAAAUGAUAUGAAAUUGACUGGUAAGUUUUUAUAGUCUUUUGAUGGCAUGCGAACCUUGCCAAAGACUGCAAGGGACAGAUGAAUUGUGUUUCCAUGUGAACUGUAUUGGUCUUUGUUAUCAUUUUUAACUUUUUUUUAGGUAGAUUCCCAUCAUUAGUCAGUAGCAUGUUGAGAUAAACCAGCAAAGGAUGAGUUUUUUCUGACCACCACCUCAUCCAACAACAGUUUAUGAAGCUGUAAUCGUUUAUAAUCGAACCGAGUCAUGAAUAUUUAAUUUAUUUUGCUAAAAAAAAAAUGUAUCAAAGGUUUAUUUUUCAGAGUAAGGCAUUUUACAUAUGUAAUAUUAUUAAAGUAUCCUGUUGUGUAUAGUACAUUUUGAGGACUUUGUCACCCAGUUUAAUCACAUGUACUUCAUGCCAAUAUUUAGGUAUUUCUGUAUGUAAUUGGUUGUAUUUGACUAUCUUGUUUGAUGUACUCCGUUCAAGGUUAAAAAAAACACAAAAAUAUCUUAAGUUUGACGGUUUGGUAGUUCAAUUAAAUGACCUGAAGCGAGAGUCACACGGUU